AUGCAAUAUAUAUGCAUAUGCUGCCAAGAUCCUAGGAGGUCAACAGUAGUUCAAGGACAAGUUCAUCUUUCCAAUUGGUAUACCGAAACCGAUUUUCCUGCGGAUUGGGCUAUUAAACCUACUUCCAAUGGAUGGACGAAUAAUGAGACAGGGUUAGAAUGGUUAAAGCAUUUCGAUAAACAUACUAUUCGUCAAAGGAAGGGCAAAUAUCGAAUGCUAGUAUUGAAUAGAUACGAAAGUUAUGAAUCAAUACCUUUUCAAUUAUAUUGCAAAUCAAAUGAUAUUAUAUGCCUCAAAUUACUACCACAUGUGACGGAAAAGUCGUAA